AUGUUACUCCCACAUCGCAUUCCAGUGCCUCUUCAGCCCGGCGCCCGGGACACUUGUCUCACCUGCGGCAAGUUGGUCCCCAGGAAAGACGAUAUGCCUCCAAACACAGCCUACAUUGUUGUCGGUAUCAUCGCCGCUCUGUUUGUGCUCGUCAUUGUAGGCUUCUGCUUUACACGGUAUAGGAUGAGAUCUAGACAAGGAAAUGCGAAACGAGGCAAAUACAAGCAAACGUCUAACUCCGAAACUAUCGAAGCGUCUACCCCGGGGAGUAGGAGGCGAGAUGGAGCAUCUGGUUCAUUAAAUUCGACCUCGGAUGCGAAUCGAAAUAGCACAGCUUCACAGGUGGAUAGAAAUACGUCGGUUCGAUCCGUCAUAACUUUACCUGCGUACCGAACUAAAGCGAACGAAACCGAACAAGUUAUCGGUCGCGAAGGGGAACGCGGUGGAGUCGAUGUUGUUGUAGAAUUGCCUACUGCUGAGGAUCUAGAAAAUAUGCGAGAUGAAGAGAUGGAAGCAUUAUUCCAAAUCCGAUUAGCGAGACGACAGCAGCGAGACGAACGUGAAGAACGGCGUCGUUUAACCCGAGAAGCAAGAGAUCGCGGGGAUUUUGUAGCAUUGAAUGAGUUAGCAGCACAGAGGCGGGCCGCACGAGAUAAUAACGCUGUGGAUGACUUGCGCGACGCGUACGGGCAAAUUAAAGAACGGCGGGAACGUGCGGUCUCCAGCGUGAGUUACCAUGAGCUCGGCGUGGCACAGCUCAAUGGUACGCGGGUCCGUGCGGGUAGUCAUGGAAGUGAGAACGUAGGGUUGUUAUCAGAUGCGGCUAGCAUUGCCCUAUCGACACGAUCGCCUUCUGCUCAAUCGCAUCGUCGAGAUAGAAGCGCCAGCUCCGUAAUGAGUAUCGACAGCGAUUUCCCCUCCCCAGCGAUAAUGUCAGGAGCAUCAACGCCACGACAGGGUAGCAAUCACACUCGCGCCGGGUCAAGCCCGGAAAUUAUUGGCGAAGCAGAUUUAGGCGAUUCCGAAAUGCCACCACCAGACUAUGAGGAUGUUAGUUUGGAUGAUGCCAGAUCGGGGGCUGGCACACCUCUAUUUAAUGAACCCCCACCGGUCUACACAGACCCUACAGACGGACGUGAACGAAGGUUAAGCGCACAAGUCGGAGGUAUGGUAAACAGGAUGACAGAGGGUGGAGACCUCUCGACUACAAAUAAUUCGCGCGAGGAACCCCCAACACCAAGGUCCUCGAGAGGAGUGGGUGGAGCUCCUCAACUGCCCAGCCUACGAAUUUCGAGACUGCCACAGAUUGUCAUUGAACCUUCGACUGCACAUCCGACCGACUCCCAUCCUUAA